AUGGCGACAGCAGAAAUGAAGAAAACAGCCAUUGUAGUUGGUGCAGGAGUCGGUGGCAUUGCAACGGCAGCACGUCUCGCCAAAGCUGGUUUCUCUGUUACAGUACUCGAAAAGAACAACUUUACCGGUGGUCGAUGCAGUUUAAUUCAUCAUGACGGAUAUCGAUUCGAUCAAGGACCUUCCCUUUUACUUCUCCCGAAAAUGUUCAAGGAAACAUUUCAUGAUCUCGACACUUCACUUGAAGACGAAGGCGUGAAACUUCUGAAAUGCGAGCCGAAUUAUAAUUUGUGGUUUGGUGAUGGAGAAAAGUUUGAACUUAGUACGGAUGCGAGUGUGAUGAAGAGAGAGAUUGAGAAAUGGGAGGGAAAGGAUGGGUUUGAGAGAUAUUUACAAUGGCUUGGAGAAGCUCAUCGACAUUAUGAGUUGAGUGUGCGGGAGGUUUUGCAUAAAAACUUCACAUCGAUAUUCAACAUGCUACGACCCAGCUUCCUCCUCAAUGUCUUUGCUCUUCAUCCAUUCGAAAGCAUAUACUCUCGAGCUUCAAAGUACUUCUGGACAGAGAGGUUAAGGCGGGUUUUUACUUUUGGGAGUAUGUACAUGGGGAUGUCCCCAUUUGACGCUCCUGGCACAUAUUCUCUUCUUCAAUAUACGGAACUCGCUGAAGGUAUUUGGUACCCGAUUGGUGGGUUUCAUGCUGUUGUCGGGGCUCUGGUUCGGAUAUGCGAGCGACUGGGUGUUGACAUUCAACUCAAUUCACCAGUUGAUUCUGUAUUGACUUCUAACGACGGAAAAACUACAACAGGGGUUCUUUUGUCUUCUGGCAAGAAGCUGAAUGCAGAUCUUGUUGUUAUUAAUGCUGAUCUCGUCUACGCCUACAAUAACUUAUUUCCCUCAUCCAAAUCCACGUCUUACGCCAGAUCUUUACAAAAGCGAGCAGGUUCUUGCAGUUCCAUUUCUUUCUACUGGGCUCUCUCUACACAAGUUCCACAACUCAACACACACAACAUAUUUCUCGCUGAUGAAUAUCGCGAAUCAUUUGACUCUAUCUUUGAUAGGCAGUCCAUCCCUGACGAGCCUUCAUUCUAUGUUAACGUACCCUCACGAAUCGAUCCGACUGCUGCCCCGAAAGGAAAGGAUUCCAUUGUGGUCCUCGUUCCCGUUGGCCACCUUCUCAAUUCGGCUACGCCCCAAGGUGACUCCUCUGUUACAUCUGGUGCUGGCAUACCAAAAGAACAAGAUUGGGAGUUGAUUGUUAAGUCCACUCGUCAAAGAAUCCUUCAGAUAAUAGAAUCACGCACAAAAUGUGGAUCGCUUGAACCUCUAAUUAUCCACGAGGAACUGAAUACACCUACAUCAUGGGAAUCACGCUUUAAUCUCGAUAAAGGAUCCAUCCUCGGGCUUUCUCACUCCUUCUUUAAUGUCCUUGCAUUUCGUCCAAAGACUAAACAUCCCGAGAUUAAGGGUGUAUAUUUUGUAGGUGCGUCCACGCAUCCGGGAACUGGUGUACCAAUUGUGCUUGGUGGAGCAAAGAUUACAAGCACACAAAUUCUAGAGGAUCUUGAAAUUCCAUGGAAGGUUAAAGAGAACAUGAUUCAAGAUGAAGGGGUCACACAAGAGAAAGGAACGAGUAAUUUGGAUAGAAUUGUUAAGGAAAGACCAAUAUUAAGUAAUGUAGGAAUUUUUAUUUUGGCGUUGGUGGUUUUAAUUCUUACAAUGGGAUACGUUAAUAGUAAUUUGGUGGUUUUAUGGGACGCGGAUAUGAAAAGAGGAUGGGGAAGUGGGAAGGCGAUAUAA